CUGAGCCCAUCGUGCCAGAGCCCCCCAGAGCGCGUCCAAGGAAAGCUCGGUGCUUUGGGCCCGUCUCAUAGCCUCUCCUACCAAAGUCUAUUCUUUCCGCGCUUCCCCAUCGAAGCUCUUCCCCCCGGCGCGGGUCGCGCCUAGGCAAAGAUGGAGUUCCAACAGCCGCAGAAUGGCAUGUACGAUCCCUCCUCAUUUAUCGAUCCCAGCGCCAUCGCGAAUCCCCAGAUGAAUGGCACCCGACCGUACCCAAUGUCGUCGAUACCUCAGAAACGCGAUUCCACCGGCGCCGCCCUCUCGCGCUCGCAAACCCCAUCACAACAACCUCAAUUCGGCUUCCCCCAGCAGGGUUUCGCACAUACUCCCUCUCCUACCAUGCAGAAUCAGCAUUUCCGACCCGGCCAAGUCGUACCGCAAAGAAUGCAGUCGCCGGCGCAGAAUCCUCACGCUCCCCAAAUGUCACCCAUGGGCUUCAACCAAGGCGCUCCCAUGCAGCAACCAUUUGAUCCCAGCGGUGCUGGACAGUAUCAGGGCGUCCAGCUGUCGCAGCAUCUGCAGAGUCGCCAGCAAGAGGCACAGAGGCGCUAUCAGAUGCAAAUGCAACAACAGCAGCAGCAGAUGAAUAAUCUGGCCUCGAGCAACUUCGCUGCACAGCAACGGCACCAGGCUGGUCAGAUGCAGGGAAUGCCGAUGCAAUAUGCUGGCGCUCGGCCGGGAAUGAUGCAGGGCCAGAUACAGAAUGUACCCGAUCAGUCACAAGCCUUUGUAAAGAAUGUAGCUGCAUUCAUGGCCCAGAACAACCGACCUUUCAACAUGCAGCCCAUGGCUGCUGGCCGAGUUAUCAACCUGCAGCACCUUUACUAUGUCGUCAUGAAGCUUAGGGGCUGGAAAAGUGUCAACCAGAAUGGUCAGUGGGCAAAAGUCGCGCAGACCAUGGGCUUCGACCUGAGGCAGUUCCCCAAUGCGCCCGAGGAGCUACGGAUUGCGUACGGCCAAAAUCUGGUGCUCUAUGAGCAGUACGCUCUCCAGUCACAGCAACGACAAAGGAUGAAUCAGAUGCAACCGCAUAUGGCAGGAGUGCCACCACAAAUGUCGCCUACCCGACCUUCAAUACCAGGCGCACCCAACAACACGACGGUAAACCCAGAGUACUUGCAGCAGCUGCAGAAAAGUAGACUCGCGGCCGCGCAGCAGCAACAGCUCAAUCCUGCGUUACAACAGACCCCACAACAGCCGACGUUUGAUGCGGCAAUGCAGCAGCAACAGCAGCUCGGCCAGAUGAUGCCACUGCAGAAUAAUGUCGCAUUGGAGGGAGUGAAUGGCCGCAGUACACCACAGACCGAAGGAAAACCACCUAGCAGCGCAUUGGAGCAACACCGCAAGAGCCUGAGCCGGCAGCUCGAGUCUACCCCAGAUCAGCCUUCGCCGGUUGCAGGAGUCCACUCCGCGCCUCCCAUUCCAGACAAAGCCAAGGAGGAGACGGCAGUUGAGAAGAUCAAUUUACCUACCGAUAUGGUGGAAGGUAAAGUGACGUACAGGCCGUCGUGGAGGGUGAUAGAUCGGUGGUCCGGAUUAGAUUUCGACGCAGAGAAUUUCAAGAAGCGCGUAGAUGAGCUGGUAUACUACCGGCCAAAUGUCCCGUCGUUGCCGGAGAUGGGUGUCAUCGACAUACGCGCUCUGACCAUGAGCAUCCGGUCCGGCCUUCACGCAGAAACUAGACUUGCACUAGAUAUGCUCGCGAAACUCAGUCAUGAACAGCAGUUGACGCUUGAACUGGAAAAGUGCGAAGAUUUGGUGGAGGUACUCGUUGAUUACGGUGAAGACCUCCUGGACACGUUGGCCAACGACAAUCCCGAAGUUAGCGACAUCGUGGAUUUGACGCCGUAUGAAGAUGUGCUGCAUAACUGCAACGCCGAGGUGUACUCUCUGCAAGAUCCACCCGCAUUCGGAAGCAAAGCCUACGAGUUGGACCGAACGGCCGACCGCCUGCUCGCAAUAACCACCAUCUUCCGAAACCUGUCCUUCCUCGAGAUCAACCACGCAGCUCUAUCCACUCCUCAAGUCCUAAAGUUCUUUUCCAACGCAAUACGGCUGGUCGGAACCCGGGUCCUCCUUCUCCGCACUCAUGUCAAUACCUUCGACUUCAUGAAAGAUCUCGUCACCUUUUUCUCCAACACGAGCACAAAAAUAAGCCUGCCCUCCCGCGAAGACGCCUACAUCAUUCUCCACUUCCUCUGCGCCUUUGCACCCAUCCCGCGUCCCACUGUCCCCGUCAAGUUCACCCCUUACAACCCGCGCAUCCACCGUUGCCUCCCCUCCGCCGUCGACAGCCUGGCCAAACUCCUCGCUCGCGACGACCCCAACCGGACCUAUUACAAACAGAUCUUCAUCAACGAAUCAACCUCGUCACCACCAUACGACCUCCUGACCCGCGCCUUUGGCCUCGCCAUCGCCGUCGUCCCCGACCGCACAUCAGGCAUCCUGCACCAGGUACACGAGACGGCGCCAACGACCGUCCGGCAGUACGAAGCGCGCAUCGCCGAGCUACGGAAACCGUACCUCAUGCAAGGCAUGCUCGCGGCCGACAUCCUCGCCAGCCUCGCACCCGGCCCCGAAACGGGUGUCUGCAGAUCCUGGCUCGAGAGCGAGGACGGCUGGGCUGUCAGUCUGCUGAAGUUCGCCAUGAGCCUUUGUGCGACGGACGCCAUGUAUGGACCGCAGCAACAGGUGCAGGCGCAGGCACAGGCGCAGGGAAGGGGCCAGAGACCGAUGGACCACGACGUCCAGGGGUUUCAGCUCAUUGUGCAUAGGGCGCUGAGUAUGAUCAAGCGGUUGGGGGAGAAGUCGAAGGGGAUGUAUGGGGGCGUGCUUGUUAAAGGGGGUCCUGCGACUUCGUCCUCUUCCUCGGUUGGAGGUGCUGUGAAUGGUCAUAAGCAACGGGAGGGAGGGAAGAGUGGGGAUCGGAAUGGGGCAAUGUCGGCCGAUGGGGAGGACGGGGAGAAGGGAGAGGAGAGGAGCGACGACGAGGACGAGGAUGAGGAUAUGGAGACGCUGAGUGUGGGCGGGAACGUGUGGCGCGUCAAGGCGGAUGUGCUGCCGAAGAAGGAGACUUUGCUGAGUGCGCUCCUGAUGAAAAGUCUGGAUGCGAGGAGUCUGAGGCAGUUUUGUGGAAUUGGGUAUUUGGAUGAUGCGACGUAGGCGGUCGUAGCAAGUGGUGGAUUGAAAAGAGGCUUGGAGUUGGGAGUGGGUGUACAGUCUGCUUUUGUGAGGCAUAACCCUAGCAUAGCGUGCUUGCAUGCGAUUUUGUGGAGUUGGCGUAGAGUGGAGCACAAUGGGAUUUUAUGGGCUCGCGCUGGGCAAGUUUUUUUGAGAUUUGGAGCCAUAUGUACACUGUUUGCACUUGCUGCAUCCCAUCUAGCUUGCUUAUUUUGUGCCUUCGUCGAAGGGUGGAUCAGCAUAUGGAGGAUCUUUUCUGUGUUUUGCUGGUAUUCUCGAUUUGAUAUACCUACCC